GAAGAAGUGAAAAAGUUACUGAACAAAUAAUAAAAAUACAUGCGCACUUUAACAAAAAGUCAAUAAAGAACAAGACCCUUUGUUGUCCUUUACCCCCACUCCAACCCCCUUUUAUACGCAAUCACACCUUUCCGGUGUUGUUGCUGUGCCGUCUUCCUCAAUUCCAAAGCCAGCUUCAGUCAGACGAUUUUUCCACACUCAUUUUUCCCUUUCUUUCUCUCUCAUCUCUUCUCUCUCAUUGGAAUUAUGGAACUUGACGAAUUUGUUGAUAUGGACUGGUUGAACUCUCACAGUUCCACCACGGAUAUCAAGGAUGAAUCUUUCGACACCUCUGACCCUUUCUACUAUAUGGACUCCACGUUUGAGCCUGAUUUUAUGUCGCAAGAUAUUGUCACCGACCCAGACUUAGAUGCUUUAGACAUUCAAUCUUCACAAGUAGAAUCUACUAUCAAAGCUGAAGAACAACCUGCCAUGGACACCACCGCCCCUGCUAGUGAAGUGAAGGUGGAUAAGCCUGCCUUACCGCCAAGCUUUCCUUCUACUGAGCAGAUAAAGCUUCUCAUCGAAGCGGCAAAGAAACAACUGGCUUUGCAACAGCAACAACAGCAACAGUCAGCUUCCAUGUCGACUGUGACACCAUCUGAGACUCAGCUGGGAAUCGAAGUCGACACCGCCGAAACCGCUCCCAUCACCACCGUGUCUCCUGAUAAGCUUACCAUUAAGCAAGAGGAAGACAAGCCGGCUAGUUCAGAAGAUUUCAGGCUAACACCUGAGAGAACCAGCCCAUCAUUUGGCCGUCGUAAUUCUAAGAUGGAUUAUGACUCUGAUGAAGAAAUCCACUCACCUGAAGAUAUCAAGAAAAUGACUCCCAAGGAAAGAAGACAACUUCGAAAUAAGAUAUCUGCGCGUAAUUUUAGAGUACGAAGAAAGGGUAAGUGGUAUGAGAAGCGAUUGCGUGCUCUGAAUUUUUUCAAUAACACAUGCUUUGACCCCUUUAUUAGAAUAUAUCUCCACGCUUGAAGCUCAAGUACAAGAGCACAAAUCCUAUGCCGAUCAGCUGUUUGAAAAGCUAUCCACGGUAGAGAAUGAAAAUAUUUGCCUCAAGGCUGAGGUGGAUUCUUUGCGCCGCCAAAAUCAACUCCUUGCCACUCAACACAUGGCAUCCCCUCCGUCCCCUCCCACCUCAUCCGAUUUGGUGCGUACCGCUUCCAACUCCUCCAACGCUUCUACAUCCUCCAGCAGCCGAAUCAGUUCCCCUAGAAUCAACCUCAACAAAGAUAUCAGUAUCACUGGUAGCAAGGCUAUCGAUACAUAUCGUC